GCUCAGCUUCUGUGACAACGGGGUGUGUGUGUGUGUGUGUGUGUGCGCGUGAACUCGUCCCGUGUGUGUGUUAAGAAGAGUUUUAUGUGUGUGCACAGGCGGCUGUGUGCUCUUCUAAGUGGAGUGCGGCCGUUCAUCAGCGGGGCUGACUGCAGAGAGGGGGAUACUCUGAUCUCACUGCGCAGCUUUUUAAUUCACACACCGGCUGCUUUUUGGACUUUUUGCACCAAAGCGGGACUCUGCUCUCUUUCUGCCCUCCAGGCACCAUUCCCAUCACUGGAAUUACUGGCUUUUACCCGCUGCAGCCUGAAAAACAACUAAAUCUAUUGAUUAUUUUGAAAUUCAACAUUAUUAUUCAUCGGCUAUUCCAGGGACAAAUUUCAGGAUUCACUUCAACUUCCAUUCUUAUUGAAUGUAUGCAUGAGAGCAAUGGCAUCAUUCAUCUGAGAGCUCGUAGGUAUUUAGCAAUCGACUCUGAUGGUCUAUAAUCAGGUUUGUCUCAUACGGACUUUUUUUUUAUAAGGCAAUGGAAAGAUUAUUAGAUCAAACACGAAUAAGCAGCGCGGUAACUGUGAAAACCAUCAGUGCCGUCCGAGGCAUGUUUGGCUCAUGUGGACACUGAUCCUGUCCUGGGAUCUUCUGAGCUGUUCCCCUGGAAACCGCUGGACAGGUCCGUGCGUGACGUCGUUGCCUCGUCUCGGAGGUGAGAGGGAUCUCGGUCAUCCUUCACAAGUUGAGCUGUAAGUCGGCUUGGAGAGACUCCUCGGAAACAAGGGGGGUGUUAUAAAGAAUACGCUGAAUAUUAAGAUCUUGAAAGGAAGCCAAGGAGAGCCCCCCUCAAGCAAACGCCAAGACAGAGAAUCUGUUUUGGAAUUAUAGUGCCGAGCUCAUUCUGAACCGUCACCAAACAGGACCCGGGCCCAAACCAAGGGAGGUGGACUGGAGCGAAGACACUGACAGAGAACAGGACGUUUUCCCUCUAAAUCAGAACCAAACUAACAAAAACCAACAUUUCACAUUAAAGCUGACAUCAAUUUAGGCUGAAUACCACAAUCAAGUCACAUACUCCAAUUUCUAAGUUGACUUUGAAGAAAGGAGCUCGCUCUGAGCGAGCCGAGAUGAUGACCAUGAUGAUGAUGAUGACGGUCACCUGCAGCGCUCUCUUCCUGCUGGGUCUUGUCACAGCCCAAGCUUCCUCCUCUACAUCUUCAUCCUCCUCCUCUUCUGCCUCCUCCUCCUCCUCCUCACCCCGCAUGAAGCUCUCAUACAAAGAGUUGCAGCAGUUCCACGGGGUGCGGAGGUUCGAGCUGGAGCGCUCGUGCUGCUUCAGCGCUCUGCUGUUGGAUGAGGAACGAGGCCGCCUCUUCGUCGGGGCCAAGAACUUCCUGCUGUCGCUGUCGUUAGACAACAUCGCCAAGCAGGAGCACAAGAUCUACUGGCCAGCUCCUGUCGACUGGAGGGAGGAGUGCAACUGGGCUGGGAAGGAUAUCACUUCCGACUGUGUGAACUAUGUGAAGAUUGUGCACCACUUCAACCGCACCCAUCUCUACGCCUGUGGAACCGGGGCCUUCCACCCCACCUGUGCCUUCGUGGAGGUGGGACACAGGAUGGAGGACCACGUGUUCAGGAUUGACCCCUCCAAGGUCGAGGAUGGGAAAGGGAAGAGUCCGUAUGAUCCUCGCCACAACGCUGCAUCUGUCCUCGUCGGUGAUGAGCUGUAUGCAGGCGUGGCCACAGACUUAAUGGGACGGGACUUUACCAUCUUCAGAAGCCUGGGAAACGCCCCCUCCAUCCGCACAGAGCAGCAUGACUCCCGCUGGCUCAAUGAACCGAAGUUUGUUGGUUCCUUUUGGGUCCCAGAAAGUGAAAACCUGGACGAUGACAAGGUUUUCUUCUUCUUCCGUGAGACGGCGGUUGAGGCCCAGGGGCUGGGAAAGUCCACCUACUCCCGCAUCGGACAACUCUGCAGGAACGACAUGGGCGGUCAGCGAAGUCUGGUGAACAAGUGGACGACAUUCCUCAAAACCCGUCUCAUCUGCUCGGUGCCCGGAGCCGACGGCAGCGACACGUACUUUGAUGAGCUGCGCGAUGUCUUCCUGCUGCAGACGAGGGACAGAAAGAACCCUCUAGUCUACACAGUCUUCUCUACUUCCAGCAGUGUAUUUAAAGGCUCAGCUGUGUGUCUCUACUCCAUGAACGACAUCCGGAGGGCCUUCCUGGGGCCCUUUGCUCACAAGGAGGGGCCCAACUACCAGUGGGUCCCCUUCCAGGGAAAAGUCCCCUAUCCACGACCAGGAAUGUGUCCCAGCAAAACAUUUGGCAGUUUUGAGUCCACAAAGGGUUUCCCAGACGACGUGAUCCAGUUUGCACGUCACCACCCUCUGAUGUACAACCCGGUCUACCCAAUGAGCAGACGGCCCGUCUUUGUCAGAACUAACGUGGAUUACAGCUUCACCCAGAUCGCCGUGGACAGAGUCAACGCAGCCGAUGGACAAUACGACGUCAUGUUUAUCGGCACAGACAAAGGGACAGUACUAAAGGUGAUCAAUGUCCCCAAGGAGAGCUGGAACAACAUGGAGGAACUCCUACUGGAAGAGCUUGAAGUCUUCAAAGACGCCUCAUCUAUUAUCGACAUGCAGAUCUCCUCAAAACGGCAACAGCUGUAUUUGGGCUCGGACACGAGCAUCGCCCAGGUUCCCCUCCACCGCUGCAGCGUGUACGGGAAGGCCUGCGCCGAGUGCUGCCUGGCCAGAGACCCUUACUGCGCCUGGGACGGAACGUCCUGCACCCGCUACCUGCCAAACACCAAGAGACGUUUCCGUCGUCAGGACGUGAGAAACGGAGACCCCAACACCUUGUGCUCUGGAGACCACCAUAAGCACCGCGUGGCAGAGAGGAAGCUGUAUGGAGUUGAGGGAAGCAGCACUUUCUUGGAGUGUAUCCCAAAAUCCCUUCAGGCCAGAGUCACCUGGACUUUCCAGAAACAUCCACAGAACCCGCGUGAAGAGCUGCGUCUGGAUGACCGCAUCCUGCUGACAGACAGAGGCCUCCUGAUUCGACGCGUGCUGAAGAGAGACGUGGGCGUCUACCAGUGCCAUGCCAUGGAACACGGCUUCACCCAAACAUUACUGGGCAUCACCUUGGAAAUUGUACCUUCAACCUCCUCCUCGGCCUCCAAUCUACCCUCUGACGCCCCCGUCCGACUGGACCCCCGCAGCGGAGCUGGGCCCCCAAUGACCAAUCAAAAGCUCUGGUAUCGGGACUUCAUGCAGCUGGUGGACCACCCUAACCUGAGCACCGUCGACCAGAUUUGUGAGCAGGUCUGGGCACGAAAGAAUGCCGGCAGUGAGCAAGGAGAUAAGCCCUUCCCUGCUCCGGGGAAGGACGGCCCUCACGCCGGCCCCGCUGUCCGCCCACCUAACAAGAAGUGGAAGCACUUCCAGGAGAUGAGAAAGGGGAGGAACCGCCGGACCCACGACGGGAAGCCGAAUCCUCGGGCGCCUCGCAGCGCAGGGGAGUAACAACGUCAAGAAAGACAUGGAGGGGAAAAGAAUGACUAAUGGAAGGAAGAAAAGAGGAAAAAUGAUACAGAGAGAGAGAGAGAGAGAGACUGAGAGAUCAAGAACUCCUGGAGGCGUUCACACAUACAGACACAACCACGUACAGAAGAACACAUGCAGACACACACACACACACACACACACACAGUACCUCCUCUAUUGUGUAUAGAUAUCCAUGGAUGCCCCCACUAUUUGGUACCCAAAUCUCUGGUCCUCGUCCCACUGGCCAGCUCCUGCAUGUGUUGCCUUACAGCCCAAAUUCAUUCUGCACGAUCGCUUUACACUGUUCCACCAGCGUAGUCAAGGUUACAUGCAGGUACGUGGGAGUGAACCCACCUGUACCUGCGGGAAAUAGACCUUUACUCACCUGUCUUCCCUGCUGCCGCUGACUAUAUAAGGAGAGUUAGUUGACACCACAGAAACCCCAAUGUUUAGCUGCCGUCUACAUAGUGUUAUAUGUGGGUAGUAACUACUAAUAGUAGUAUGAACAUCUGAGCUUUGGACUGCACCGCUCUGAAAAAAAACAGCCCCCCAGUGAGGGAUAAACUCUGCUCACGACUUUCCUUGCCUAAAGAUUUCGUAACGACGUAGAAAAUGGUGUGUGUCAACGAGGGAAUGGAGAAACUGGAAUAUACUGGAAAUGAAUGGUCUCUAACUGGAAACAAAUUUGAAUGCAACUAUUUACGUGCAAAAGCGUUCGGACACACAAACACUUUAAAACGUUGUUACUAUAGGAACAGAUUAAUUGGUGCUCCUGUUGCACAUAUAAAAACUCACGUUUCACAUGUUUGUGUGUGCAGAAACAGUCACGGAGGAGGUGCAGAUGUCAGCAGUGUGGAUUAGCCUGUGGAACAAAUCAGCAUGUGGCAAAACUGGUUAUAUUAUAUAGUUGUUUGUUUUUGUGGUUUCCUUGGGCACAUUGAGGCAUGUAGCAGCAAAAUAAAUCACACAAUACAAUGCAAUUAUGGUUAGAGAGCGGUCGAUUGUGGCAAGAUAUAAUUAUAUUGCUUUACUGGUCUAAAAGAUAUUCCAGGUUGUGAGGGAAGGAUGAGAUGUUUACAGUAAACAGAAAAGGCAGAAGCACAAAUAUUGAAAUCUGUAAAAGCAAAUAAAGCCCAAACAUACCUGGAUUACUUCUAGACACCUUGUAACAUCUUUCACAGACACAAGAGCUUUGAUAUGAUCUAAACAGUACUCUAAAAGGAGCUAUUUAUUGUUUUUGUUUCUGGCUGUAUUUAAUGUUUUGUGCAUUAACAUGAAAGAUAAAUCACAAACAAGGUGGUUUGGGUGGGAAACAUUGACACGAUGAGGAGGUAGAGGGAAGCUGACUCUGACAAGACAACCCAUGUUUCUGGGCUACAGGACGAUAUAUAUAAAAUAUUAGCAUGUUAUUUAUGAGUUAAACUAUGAUUUUGUCUUGUAUUUUAAGCGGUACUUCAACUUCUCGCUCUUUUACAUUGUUCUUGCAUAUGUUUGUGAAGAAUAGGUAUAUUCACAAUGAUAUGAGAUGAAUUCCUCAUUCAACACGGCAACAUGUACAGAAGGCUGUUCUCUGCUUCCCAGAAUGCAUUUCAACCUCCCUCAACAACAAAACUUCCAUCUGACUUCAAACACUGUUAGAAUCACUUCUCAGUGCAACAGUCACUAAUAACAUGGCCUUCUGCGGAUUAAAGAUGUCAUCUUUUCCCUACGGACAGUUAGUAUGAUCCUUCUCUCUGUGUAUUAUCUGUAAAGAAAGCUUUUUUUUGCUUGUCUGUGUUAAAGUGUAGUAUGUGCCGGCCUCCUCAGUGUCCAUUCUGUGUACACCCUCGGGCGAGGAGCCGACCUUUGGUACCAUACUUUAUAACACCAUAGUCUGAAAGAAAACAACUGGCCAUGUUGGACGGAAGAUGAAUUUGUGUUGUUGCGUUCAUGACUCUCUAUGAUGAAUUCAGAAGUCUGGUGGUACGGUGUUCAGCAUGCUGCAAUCGGUGAAAGUCCGCGACAACAGCGGCAUCACAAACUAGGUCCGCGAGUUCAUUCUAGAUGUAUGCAUUCAUUGUCGUUGUUAUUUAUGUACCUUCUUUAUAGAGAUGUAAUUAACUCUUUAAACUGAACUGAACUGACUGGCUCCUGUAAAAGAGACACUCUGCACUUUGACACCACAUCCAGGAUUUACCGCAAAAGGAUGUGGCUGCUUUUCUGCAUUUAAACCGUAGAAUGAAUUUAAGUUGUAGGCUACUAUUGAUUAACUAAAAUUAGAUUAUUAGUUGCGUACUGCUUUUCCACGGUUGUGAUGUCAAAUUAGCUUGGGUGUCUCUUUUCAGCAGUUGUUUUGUGCUCUUUUGAAAUUGCAUGACCAAUUCUGGUGGCUGGCGCGUUUGACAAUGUGGCAAGAAAGAGCGGCAGAAAGAAAGCACAAUGCUAAAUAUUAUUAUCAUUCCUUUGUAUUUAUGUGCAAAGCUAAGCUGAUAUGUUGUGGUGGAUUUUUUUAUUUGUAUUAUACAUUUACAGGUGUUGUUCGUGUCUGCUGAAAAAGGACUAGUCCUCAAAAAACAAUUGGCCACUACAGCUGAUGGUGAGAAAAAAAAAGAAGCUACAUCCUUUGUUGUUCACAUGCCCUCCAAUCAACACUCCUGUUGUAUCCCAUGUCAUGUGACGCACCCCUGCAAGACAGCUCACAAGAAGAGGCGUAUGUGUGCACGUGUGUGUGAGAGGAAGAGAGAAAUGUGUGCUUGUGUUUUUAUGCGUGUGAGCUUUGGGGAAAGCAGAUCUCUGUAUAUAGAGGCAAAGGGAACAGUAGUGUGUGUAUCUGUGUACAGAAGUCUAAAGUUGAAAGUUCAAAGGUCGAAGGCCAAAGUUAACGUGGUGCACUGUAAUACUCCCAGAGGUCUUUGUGAAAUGUCAUGUCAGAUUGUUUUUGAUUAACACAAUAAAAUGAUGCAGUUACUUUAAAAUCAAA